AUGACGGAUUCCGGGGGGAUCAUGGAGCUAGAAGGGCCGAUGCUAGUUCGAACCAUUGUGAGUGAUUAUCCCGGGUAUGGAAUUUUCCGGCAGGGUCACAUAUCGACGCCCUUGUUCCAUCAUGAUCUGCUUCUUAAUGGUGAAGUGUACUAUCUGCUUCCUCUCAAGAUUAAUGAGACAGGAGCUCCAAACGGCAAGCUCAUUAGGGAUCAAUUGAACAGCAAUAGGGUUGGGUCGUUAAGGUUACCUGCAGGGACGCUUUCUGAUCUGGUGUUCAACUCCACCAUGGAGCCUGCAGCUCUCCAAGUUCUGCCUUCCCCAGGAAAGGGUGUUUGGAAAGUGAAGUUGGUGAUCGAUACCAAACAAUUGGAGGAGAUAUUGUCGGAACAGGUCAACACAGAGGCCUUGAUCGAGAAGAUGAGGACGGUUGCAAGCUUGUCCACUGCCGCCCCCAAGCGAACUAAGGGCGCUUGGAAUGUCACCUGGAGACCAACUCUCUCUGGUGCGUGCAGAGUGCCGCUUGAGGACCUCAUCAUGUAG